AUGGGUCGUCGCCUGAAGUCGAGAAUCAUCCGACAACGGGUCCUGCCCGUCGUCCCAAGUUCCAACCUGAUGGCGUCGUCUGCGGCUUUCUCUCGUUGCCCUCGCCUCCACUCGGCCAUCCAGGUCCACGUGCAUGCGCCAAUCAGCAUGCUCGGCUUCCCGUUCGCUACAACAUCUGAUUGCCGAUUUCGGCGCUCCCUCGCCGCCUCUUUCCUCUUUCAUCCUUCCCCGGAUUCGCCCUUCGCGUCGCCUUUGAGCAUCGCCGCGCGGCCCGGUGCCCGUCCUUUGUUUGCCGCCGCCCCGGGGGGAUCCAAUCCGCUUCUGUCUUUGUGUGAUCCUCCUGUUGCUCCAUUGUCCAUUGUGUGCAAAAGCGGCGCGCGACGGCGUCGUCUGUGGCGGGAGAUGCCCGCGUCGUUCCCCGUUUUUGUCUUGUCAACGACGUGUUCUGACGCAGCUGCUGUAGGUGACGAGGAGCGUCCCAAGUGUCGCCGGUGCCAGAUCAAGGAGCUCCCUUGCUCACGUCCCGUCAAGGAGACUGUCUUCAAGCACGGAUCGGCCGCAAACUUCUCCAAAGACCAGAAAUGGGUCAAUAGUGAAAUCAAGCACUUCCGCUUUCACGAUGGCGUCUCCGCUGCCGGGGACUCGUCGACGCCGCGCCAGGACUCAUCAGUAUCAUCGCCGUCUUGGUCAACAAUCGCCGGCUCCGGCUCCGGCUCCGGCUCCGGGAGAGUGCCGGCAGAGCCGUGUCUCCCGGAAGCCGGCCAGUCUGUUCAACCGUCGCCUUCCCAUUCAUCCGCCCGCUCUCCCGAGGACACAGCCUUGCGUCCCAUCUUGGCCGAUGACCGUGUUCUCCCCCCCGACCUCGUCACAUCGGACAGCCUCAGCAGCGACCCAGGAUCUCGCCUUGAGCAACAAGCUUCUCCAAACGCACAGCUACCGUACCUACCCUCCAUCAGAGAGCUCAAUCCUGGCAUAUACCGACAUGUAAGCAAGCAUGGACCCAGUGCCGGCCAGGCAGUUCCCCAAAACGCCUUCGCUCCUCAGCCGUCCUGCAUACCAUGCACACCAGCCUCGAAUGACGCUACGCGAGCGUUUCCGUUGGAGGAUGCGCGAGAGGCAUGUCUCCUCAGGUACUACAUCGAGGAAAUCUCUCACUGGUUUGACCUGUGCGACGAGAGCCGGCACUUCCACCUGGUUGUCCCUGCCAGAGCCAGGCAUCACCCUCAUCUUCUCAAUGCCAUUUUUGCAGUGGCCGCCCGUCACUUGAGCCGUCUGCCAAAGUACAAGACUCCACAGGGCAUAUUCUACCAUGGCCAACUCCUGCCCAACCUGGAUGAGCACUCGGCCGUGGAAUACAUGCUCCAAUGCAUGCCUGCUCUCCGACAGUUCCACGACGGGCUAGACGACGACUAUCGCGAUAGCAUCCUUGCCACCGCCGUCAUCCUCCGACAGCUGGAGGAGAUCGAUGGCGAAGACGACUCGCCCCCCGUGCCGGGACAGCCCGGGGGCGUGCUAUCCCGGCCAGGGAAGCAAGUCAACUUCCUUGCCAUCAUAGAUGCGGUCCUGCGGAGCCCGCCGGCGCAAUCGGCCUUUGGACGCCGGAGCCUGAUGCAGGCCGCGUACUGGAUGGCCCUGAGGCAGGAGAUCUACCAUUCCUUCACGCGUCUUCAAGUGCCGCAGCUGAUUCUGCCCCCGGAGUUUUGGCACUCGGCUUCCAGGGCAAACAAGACGGUCAUGCAUCUCGUCCAAGUGGCAAAGUGGAAAUGGGGAGACGGCUCUGAACACGAAUGGGCGCGACUGAUGGAUCAGCACGAGAAGCUCGAGAAGGACAUUCUCCAUGACAUCGAGCCCAUUUACAAGAGGCCGGCGGACAAGUCCAAGGGCGAAAUCUUCCCCACAGUUUGGUAUCGGUCCAACACUGAGGUGACGAGCAUGCAGCUGGGUCUCUUGGCCAAGUCGGUCCUGGUCGCCGAGAACCCCCAGCUGAGGGCACAAUCAGCUUGCCGGUCCAGCUGGCGGCAGGUCGAAAACGAGGUGAGGCUGCUCGUGCUCGAGCAGUGCGGCAUUGGCCUCUGCAACCCGGCAUCGCCGCCUGCUCUGGUCCAUGCCACGUUUGGCAUCCGGCUGUACGGGGAUUUCUUCACGGACCAGUACGAGCGCCGUGCAAUCAGGACGGUGGUGGAAAGGUACCGAGACACGCAUGCUUGGCCUGUACAGCGACUCCUAGACAUGUUUUGGUGA